AUGGAGAAAGAGAAAGAGAUGACUGUAAUGUACGGUUGUGUCAUCAUAACCAUGGACGACGAUCACCGAGUUUUUAAAGACGGAGGUAUCGUUAUUCAUCUCGAUCGAAUCAAAGCAAUCGGACAUUCCCAACAUAUUCUCUCCCACUUCUCUCAUCUCGCCGACCACCUCAUCGACCUCACCGGCCACAUCAUAUUCCCCGGACUCAUCAACACACACGUUCACACCUCCCAACAACUUGCCAGAGGCAUAGCCGAUGACGUUGACUUAGUCACGUGGCUUCACCACCGCAUCUGGCCUUACGAAUCCGCCAUGACCCAACACGACUCUUAUCUCUCUACUUUACUCUGUGCUAUCGAACUCAUUCACUCCGGUGUUACCUGUUUUGCUGAAGCUGGUGGUCAGCAUGUUUCUGGAAUGGCCAAGGCUGUUGAGUUGCUUGGUUUGCGUGCUUGUUUGACUCAGUCAACUAUGGAUUCUGGUCACGGUUUGCCUUCUUCUUGGGCUAUUCGUACUACUCACGAGUGUAUUCAGUCUCAAAAGGAUAAUUAUCACAAGUACAAUAAUUCAGCUCAAGGUCGCAUUAGAAUCUGGUUUGGAGUCAGACAAAUCAUGAACUCUACGGAGGACUUGCUUCUUCAAACAAGAGAUGCUGCUGCACAACUCAACACCGGAAUACAUAUGCAUGUUGCAGAGAUACCUUAUGAGAAUCAACUAGUUGUGGAUGUUCACAAGGUUAAUCAUGGAACUGUUACAUAUUUGGACAAGAUACAGUUCCUUCAAAAUAAUCUGUUAGCAGCUCAUUCAGUUUGGGUGGAUGAUAAUGAGAUAUCUCUUCUUUCAAAGGCAGGGGUCAAAGUGUCUCACUGUCCAGCUGCUGCUAUGCGAAUGCUUGGAUUUGCACCUGUAAGGGAGAUGCUUGGUGCUGGCAUCUGUGUCUCCUUGGGAACGGAUGGGGCCCCUUCAAACAAUCGCAUGAGCAUUGUUGAUGAAAUGUACCUAGCUUCUCUAAUUAACAAAGGACGGGAAGUUUUUGCUAAUGGAACUACAGAUCCAACAGCACUGUCUGCCGAAACUAUUCUUGAAAUGGUCACAGUUAAUGGUGCAAAGUCAGUACAAUGGGAUGAUGAACUAGGUUCUCUUGAGGUUGGGAAAAAGGCUGACAUUGUUGUUGUCAAUCCUUCCUCUUGGUCUAUGGUUCCUGUUCAUGACUGCAUCUCCAACAUGGUUUAUUGCAUGCGAACAGAAAAUGUGGUUUCUGUCAUGUGCAAUGGUCUGUGGAUAAUGAAGGACAAAAAGAUUAUCAAUGUUGAUGAGGAUGAAGUUAUUUCAAAAGCAAAACAGGCUUCCGCUGAACUUCUGAAAAGGGCAGGCAUACAAUUACCAACUAGAAUGAACUUCAUUUGA